GUGUGGGGCCGCGGGAGUCCGCUCGACUCCGAGCUCACGAGUGUUUCCAGCCCCGCGGUGGGGCUGCGCCCACCGUGUGUAUCCAGCCGGGGUCAAAGGCUGGUUCGCCACACCACUGGCACCAGUCUAGUGCGCUCGGGCCGUUGUGCCCACGAUUGAACGCACCGAUUGGGAAGGGAUGGAGGGAAGACCCACUGGGAACGGAAGAAUAUUCUGUGGGUUGCAGCUGCGGUCAGCGCGGGCCUGGGCAGCCUAGAAAGCGCUGCUGUGUCGGCAUCCCCAGGGCCCUCGGCUGUGUCUGCCGCAUUGCCCCCCGGAAUUCAAAAUGGUAACAGUAGAGUGCGUAGCUCACCCCGCAGGACUUGUGCCCAAACACCUCCUUUGACUGGCAUUCAGAGCAAAAUCUCACUUCUCACUAGACUUGGAGAAGAGCUACGCAAAAGGAGGUUUUAGGGAGCAGAGCGGCCCUCUGCUCAGGGCGCGGGCAAAAUGGCCCUGGUGCCCUAUGAGGAGAACGCGGGAAUGGGGCUGCAGAAAUUCCACAAGCCUCUUGCUACCUUCUCCUUUGCAAACCACACGAUCCGUAUCAGGCAGGACUGGAGGCAGCUGGGAGUGGCAGCGGUGGUUUGGGAUGCGGCCGUCGUUCUUUCCACGUAUCUGGAGAUGGGCGCUGUGGAGCUCAGAGGCUGCUCUGCCGUGGAGCUGGGCGCUGGCACAGGGCUGGUGGGCAUAGUGGCUGCCCUGCUGGGUGCUCAUGUGACUAUCACGGAUCGAAAAGUAGCAUUAGAAUUUCUUAAGUCAAAUGUUCAAGCCAACUUACCACCCCAUAUCCAACCCAAAGCUGUUGUUAAAGAAUUGACCUGGGGACAAAAUUUGGGGAGUUAUUCAUCUGGAGAAUUUGACCUGAUACUUGGAGCUGAUAUCAUAUAUUUAGAAGAAACAUUUGCAGAUCUUCUUCAAACAUUGGAACAUCUCUGUAGCAACCAUUCGAUGAUUCUUUUAGCUUGCCGAAUUCGCUAUGAACGGGAUAACAACUUCUUAGUGAUGCUGGAGAGGCAAUUUACUGUGAGUAAGGUUCACUAUGAUCCUGAAAAAGAUGUACAUAUUUACAAGGCACAGAAGAGAAACCUGAGGGAGGACUUAUAAUUCACCAUAUUUACAGGAAUGUUGUGAGUGUGCUCAGUUGAGAUCUUAGGCUGGAACUCUGACCAUAUUCAGUGAAAUGACUUCCUGAACAAAAAGUCUAAAGGUUCUCACUGCACAAAGCAUGUGCGGCUGUAAAGCAAAGCCACAUGUGUUCCCUUGCUCCUACUUUUUAGUUAUAUUUUACUCUGAAUUUCAAUUAACAUUAAAGGCAAGCCCAAGAUUUUGAUUUAUGUCAUCUCUGUGACCCAUGCUGCUCCCUCUUCACUCCCAGUGUGACAAUCCUGUACAAAGGCAUCUCUAGUGCAGUUGUUUGGGUGAGGCUCUAGAAUACACAAUUCAUGUAUAUAUUUGGUCCAAUUUUGUAUCUUUGAGAGUAUAAAACAAGGGGUUUAACAGACAUUUCCUGAGCUAUUAAUGCUCCUGAAAUCUUUUAUCUGCCUCGAUUUUAGGUUUUAAGUACUUUUGGUUGUUUUAUGAUUGAUUAGGUGAUUCUUUUGAGUCUCAUACCAUGGUAGUUUUUUUUUUUUUUGGGAGGGGGGCUUAAAGUCAGACAUAAAAACAAAGGAGUAAUAAAAAUAAAAUUUUACUUUUUGAAUGCUCCCAUGGGUUUGUGUGUGCAGUGACUUGGUUAUCUUCUUCAACUCAAUAGUUGUUUUGUCCCUUUCUCAAAUGUUGCUUUUAUAUUUCUUGACUUCCCCUACCUCUGUAUACAAUGACAAUGAAAACAAGUUUUAAAUCUCAUCUCUCUGGGACAUAUUAUGUACUCCCAUAUUGUGUAUGCAAUUGCUGCUUCAAUGUCCUAUUCCCCAGGACACUGGAAGCCUCUUGAACACUGGGAACCUGUUCUUUUUACAUUGUUGUCCUCCCUAGCUUCCUAGAGUAGCAAAACCAAAUAACUGCUACAUUGUUUUAUGAUUAUCUUUGAUAUAUUUUAUAAAGUCAUACAUAUAACCCCUUUUACACUGUAAGAACUUAAGCAAAAGCCUAAACAAAUUAGACCACAACGGUAUAAUAAUUGCAGUGUAUUUGGUACUAGGCAUAGGUUUCUUUUGUAAAACAUAGAAACAAGACCUUUCUUUAAAAAAAAAAUCUUUUAAUGAGUAUCUUAGAUAGGAAAAUAUCCAUAACAUUAUUUUUACAUGUACUUUAGAUUUCUUAAAUACAGGCAGGGCCUGUCUUGC